CUGACUCAGCGCGAGUUCAACAAUCGUAUGAACAUGUGCGCGCACAUACCGAUAUCAGGGCACAUGCGUGUCUGUGCACACAUCACAUAAAACUGCAACCUUAGUCAAUUCAAACUUCCCAUUAACUUCCUUCUCAUCAACCCUUUUUCCAAGCAUUGCCGAGAACAAAAUAAAAAGAGAGAAAAAAUGAUAUAACACGAAAAAAAAUAAUAAAAACAAAAUAGCUCGCGGUCUCUGCUCCAAAACAAACCUCAGGGUCUCGGGGGCGGAGAGGAGCACGGCGCUCGGCAGCUGCAACUAUUUCGCACGAUUUUUCCGCUAUGGCGUGGUGAUAGAGCCUUUCUGUGAGGCAGGGCGUUGGAUGAGGGCGAGAGAGAAUCCCUAGAGAAUGACGGAGGACAAGGAAAAUGUUCUCCAACCCCCACGGAAGAACUCAGGAAAGGGAGCGAGGACCCGGCGACGUGGGAGUGUCCCGGUAGGAGCAGGUGGAGCCAAAGAAGGGGAGGGGGAGACAGGGAAACCACGCCGAUUAGCAGGGAUUAGACCAAGAAUCUCCAUUGAAGAACUGAGAAAUGCAUACAAACGGCAAGCUUCCACACCUCAGGAGGAAAUAUUACCAAUGUUCGAUCCUAUGGCCAAGGCUCAGGAGAGCAAAGGAGUCACCCGUGGAAAAACUGGUCUGGUCUACGAUGAACGCAUGGCCGAGCACCGAUGUCUGUGGGACGCCAACUACCCUGAGUGUCCUGAGAGACUGACACACACCCUAGAAAGAUGUCGGCAGCUGAGAUUAAUCGAGCGUUGUGAGCCAAUAUUGCCAAGAAGUGCAACUGAAGACGAGAUCCUGAAAAGGCAUUCUCGGUCACAUCUCUACCUCUUGUGGAGUACGAAGGAUGAGAAAAACGAGGAAAAACUGGAAACCAUCUCUUCGCACUUUGACUCAAUAUAUAUUCAUCCAGAAACCCAUGAUCUUGCACUCUUGGCAGCAGGGAGCACCAUAGAUCUAGUGGAUGCAGUAAUGGCUGGAAAGAUUCAGAAUGGAAUGGCUCUUAUUAGACCUCCAGGACAUCACGCAAUGACGACGGAGUUUUGUGGUUAUUGUUUCUUCAAUAAUGUAGCUCUGGCGGCUCAGGUGGCCUUGGAGAAACACAAGCUGUCACGUAUUCUGAUUGUGGAUUGGGACGUUCACCAUGGCCAGGGUACUCAGCAGAUGUUUUAUGAGGAUCCAAGGGUCUUGUACUUCUCCAUCCACCGCUAUGAAAAUGGAACCUUCUGGCCUGAGCUUCGGGAAAGUGACUACGACAAUGUUGGAGCUGGUCAGGGUCGAGGUUUCAACUUCAACGUACCUCUAAACAAGACUCAGAUGAAGAAUGAGGAUUAUUUAGCAGUAUUUCAUCAGGUCCUCCUUCCUGUGGCAUAUGAGUUUGAUCCUGAGUUGGUUCUUGUUUCCUCUGGUUAUGAUGCUGCAGUAGGUGAUGAGAAGGGAGAAAUGGAGAUUACCCCUGCCUUUUACGCUCACCUCACCUCUAGUCUCAUGGCUCUGGCAAAUGGACGUGUAGCUGUUGUCUUUGAGGGUGGCUACUGUCUUGAUUCGCUAGCAGAAGGAGCUGCUCUGACGCUUAGUGCCCUUCUGGGAGACCCUUGCCCAAAGCUUCUGGAUCCCAUUUCCAAACCCUCUCUAAGCAUGUGUGAGUCUCUGCUCAAUCUUAUCUACGUCCAGAGGCCAUACUGGAAGUGUUUCCAGUACCAAGGGUCCUUCUCUGUCCACGAGAAGACGAAUGGGGACACGGGAGAGCGCCACAUCCCCACCCUCUCCUACCUCGGCAAUGCGACAAAACCCCUUAAGUACGAUACCAGGAACUGCUAUCCUGUCCAGUCACAGGAGGCCAAGGAAAAGAUCGGGUUCCAGUUAGCCAGGCUGAAGCAAGAUAAACCUCCUCAGAUGUUUGGGAAUAAUAGACUCUGCUUGGUGUAUGAUGAGGCCAUGAGUAAUCACCAUAGUUUGUUGGAAAAAGAGCAUCCAGAAAGACCGGAAAGAACAGAGAGAAUAUGGAAAACUCUGAAGCAGUUUGGCAUCAUAGAAAGAGCAACUCUCUUGCAGUCACGAUAUGCCACACAGCAAGAGCUAGAGCUCAUUCACACACAUGAGCAUGUAAACCUAAUGGCAAGCACAAGUGCACAGAGUGAAAAGGAGCUCUUGAGUAUGCAGGAUAAGUACAAGUCGAUAUACCUUCACCCCAAGAGCAAUGAAGCUGCUCUUCUUGCCGCUGGGAGCCUCUUGCAGGUUAUAGAUGACGUAUGCAGUAACAAAAGCUUAAGUGGAAUAGGAGUAAUUCGUCCUCCGGGCCACCAUGCUGAGCAGGAUCAUCCGCAUGGCUUCUGUUUGUACAACAAUGUGGCCGUUGCUGCUAAGUAUGCCAUUACCCACCAUGGUUGUGAAAGAGUGCUGAUCCUUGACUGGGAUGUUCACCACGGUAAUGGCGUGCAGCAUGCAUUCGAGGCUGAUCCAAAGGUCCUCUACAUUUCCAUCCACCGUUAUGACCACGGCCUCUUCUUCCCUUCUUCUGAAGAUGCGAAUUAUGACCAGGUUGGCUCUGGAGAGGGGGAAGGCUACACAGUCAAUAUUCCAUGGAAUAAGAGUGGUAUGGGAGACGCGGAGUACAUGUCAGCAAUGCUACAGGUGGUAAUGCCGAUAGCAUACCAGUACGACCCACAGUUAGUGCUUGUGUCGGCAGGGUUUGACGCAGCUCGUGGUGACCCGCUUGGAGGUUGCCGUGUCACUCCUGAAUGCUAUGGCCACAUGACCAGGCUCUUGUCAAGCUUAGCCGGGGGCCGCAUGGUCCUGGCACUAGAAGGCGGCUACAACCUAAGCAGUAUCAGUUACUGCAUGACUAUGUGUGCCAAGGCUCUUCUGGGCGAUCCUCUACCCUCGCUUGAGUCGGGACUUGUGCCUAACAAGAAUGCUGUGCAAUCCAUAUCUGAUACCAUUAGAACCCAUAAAAAGUACUGGACAGCUCUUUCCUUCCAGGUUGAUCUUCCUGUUGAGGAUGUUCUGUGCCAAGGCUUUGGAGGUGGGGCCCAACCCGUGGAGUCAGGUGCUUCUGGUUCUGAAGUCUCUUCGUGUAAUGUGUCUCCUGUCUCCACUCCGUCCACUGCAUCCCCUCCUUAUGUCUCUGCUCCAUCUUCUCCUGAUAAGACUUGGAAGAAUGGAAAGUGUAAGGAUAACGGAGCAUCUCCACAAUUGGAAUGCAACUCUGGAAGGACCAAGUGUGAUUCAGAACAAAUGGACAUAGACAUUACACCAAACCCUGAAUUGCAGAAGUCUGUGAGAUGCAGAGUGAAAAGUGAAAAAGCUGCUUCAGCCUCAGUUGCAGAACAAAGGGAUGUAAAAGCUGGAGGAAUGCAGAAACAGUUUGGUUCAGAAGGAAGUUCAAGGAUGAGCAGGAGAAAGGUUGGGGAUCAAGGUGGCACAGGGGAGAGCGCUAACCACACAUCGACACCCAUCCGGCCAAGUAGACCAGUAAAAAAUGUAGGCCUUAUGCUCAGAGCUGCUGCAUCAUGUGCUGGAAUUGUGAAAGGAACAACAGCUAUUGUUACCAGUGAAAAUACCUGUGAUGCUUGUUAUAAAGCAACCACACUAGAUUCUGGAAGCAUUAAUGGGAUUCUAAAACAAUGUAAAGAAUUGAAACUUUUACAUGCAUGUACAAGAUUAGAGCCAAGACCAGCAUCUGAGGAGGAAAUUUUGUCAGUCCACACCAAAGAAACACUGGAAAGUCAUGUGCAGAGAGGGACAUGUAGCAAAAGCCCCUGUUUGGGCAACCCUGCACUGACUGCAGCUGGAAGCUUUGUAGAGUUGAUUAGUGAAGUGGUACAGGGGAAUGUGCUCAAUGGUUUAGCUCUUUUACAGAUAUCUGAUCAUGCCAGUUCAGGUGAUCAGAUAAUUAGCAAUAACUACAUUAAUAAUUUAGCAGUUGGAACUCAGUAUGCUUUAGAUAAUGUUGGGCUACAAAGGGUGCUCAUUGUUAACUGGAAUGCUCAGAAUGGUUAUAAUACUCAGAAUCUUUUCUACAGUGAUCCAAGAGUCUUAAUGUUUUCUGUUAACCUCACUGAUGAUCGGAGUGCAACCAAAGAGUCAGUUGACAGACGAGGAGAGAACAAGGGCCUUGGUUAUACCUUUGAUUUAAGCCUUAACAGAGAUUCCCAGAGUAAGAACUUCACCCAAGGAGAUUAUCUCACAAUACUCCACCAAAUCAUCUUACCUGUGGCCUAUGAAUUUUGCCCAGAGCUGGUUCUCUUAGCAAUUGGGAAUGACUUAGUGCACCAAUCCCCAACAGUGUCUCCACUCAUUUAUUCUCAUAUAACUACAAUGUUGAUGCCUUUAGCUCAAGGCCAUUUAGCUGUGAUGUUAGAGGUUGGAAAUGCCAAGGAAAUAACCAAAGAUAUUGCUGCUGCCACAUUGUCAGCACUGCUAGACAAAGCAGUAGAACUUUUGCCAGUAAUUUAUGAAAACACAUCAGAAGUACAAGAUUCAGUUGUUAAUAUGAUAAACGUACAAGCAACAACCUGGAAGAGUUUAAAACAACAUGCUCAGGCCUCCUGUAUUAAUGCAAAGAAGCAGGCAAAUGCAUCUUUAACAGUAUUGUGUGAUGAACAGCAAAGAAUUGCCAAAGCAUUUGAUGGUUGUGUAACUACCCCCACACAUACACUUUGCCUUGCCUAUGAUGAGGGAAUGAUGGAACACUUCAGCUAUGAUGAUGAGACUCACCCUGAAAGGCCAGAGAGAAUUAGUUGCAUCUUCCAGCGGUUGCAAGAAUUUGGCAUUGUUGGCCGCUGCCACCAUGUGAAGGCAAGGUUAGCCUCAGCAGCAGAGUUAGAAACUGUCCACAGCCCUAAGCACAUCAAAUUUAUGUCAAGUUUACACAGCAAGAAGCCGAGAGAGUUGCAAGGAAUGCAGAACAGCUUUGAAUCCAUCUUCUUCCAUCGUCAGACAAAUAAUGCUGCUCUUUUGGCUUCAGGCUCUCUCCUGGAAGUAGUUGACAGCGUUCUAAGAGGUGAAAGCCGACGUGGACUCGCAGUUAUACGUCCUCCUGGCCACCAUGCAGAGAAGACUGAGCCAUGUGGUUUCUGCAUAUACAACAAUGUAGCCGUGGCUGCGAAACAUGCCAUUGGAGCUCAUGGUUUGAGUCGAGUACUGAUCGUGGACUGGGAUGUGCAUCACGGCAACGGGAUACAGCAUAUGUUUGAAGAUGACCCACAAGUCCUUUAUGUCUCAAUCCACCGCUAUGAUAAUGGCAAGUUCUUCCCAGGCAGUCCUGAUGCCAACUACAAUAGGGCAGGCACCAAGAAAGGAAAAGGAUAUAAUGUUAAUAUCCCCUGGAAUAAGAGUGGUAUGGGUGACGGAGACUACAUGGCAGCCAUGGUAGAAGUAAUCCUACCAAUUGCGUAUCAGUUUAACCCCGAGCUGGUAUUGGUAUCUGCCGGUUUUGAUGCAGCUGUUGGAGACCCUUUAGGAGGCUGCAAAGUUUCCCCUGAAUGCUACGGCCACAUGACAAAAUUACUGUCAUGCCUUGCUGGCGGUCGAGUUAUUGUUGCUCUAGAAGGCGGUUACAACUUGAACACAAUCAGCUACUGUAUGACCAUGUGUGCAAAGGCUCUUUUAGGGGACCCUCUCAUCCCUCUCAGUCAGGGCCUUGCAGCAUGUUCAAGUGCCUGUGAGACUUUGAACAAUGUCGUGUCUGUACAUCAGAAGUUCUGGUCAGCAUUAGACUUGCAGAGCAAAGGAAUGGCAUCCAGUAAUCAGAAAUCUAAAAAGAUCACAAAGCCGUCUCUGUCUGUUGAUCUUACUGAUAGAAGUCCAGAGAUCCCAGAUAGAAAAACUGGUCUUGAUGAAUUAACGAGCACCCUCAGCCAAAUGAGUCUGGGCAAAGAAAGGGAAGGAGCCAAGUCUACAGAAGUUGUUGAGGUAAAAAUGGAGGAGGAGGAUGGAGCCGUAGGAGGCGCUUGUGCCACACAAGCGGAAGGCCUGAAUACGUUUUUACUCACGGAAGUUUCAGGAGCAGAGUCUAUGUAUGCAGUUGUUCCUUUGCAAUGGUGUCCACACUUAGAAUCAGUGCAGCCUGUGCCAAAGAGUAGCUUGGAUGCCUUCAGUCCAUGUGAAGAGUGCAAAGACUUGUCAGAGAAUUGGGUGUGUCUCACCUGCUACAAGGUUUUGUGUGGACGAUUUGUAAAUGAGCAUAUGCUGAUGCAUGGUGUAAUGGAAGAACAUUACAUGGUGCUAAGUUACGCUGACUUGUCUGUUUGGUGCUAUUCAUGCGACUCCUAUAUCCAUCAUGAGAUCCUGCAGGAAGCAAAACGGGCAGCUCACAUUAGCAAAUUCGGAGAGGAUAUCCCAGGCUCAUUGUGAAAUUAUUCAUAUGUCAGACAGAGAAUGAACAUGAAAAGUUGAGAUGAAAAUCAAUAUUUUUUAAUAUCAUAUUAAGAGAAAACUAUAGUGAAAUUGUCGAAUAUUUAUUGUAUGCAACAUAAGUGAAGUGAAUAUUUAGUUACCAAAUACAGGAAUGGUACUUUGAACAGCCCGCCAUGUGCCAACAUUUCUUUAAAAUGAACGAUCAACAAAGCAUGUGUUGGAACAGCUGCUUUGAAAACUUACU